AUGAACGGAUCGUCGGCGCGGUACGACGUGACGGCGCAGCGGCCCAAGAUUACGGUGCGACAGCUGAACCGGGACCGUGCGAACUUUAUCCUGGAGAAUGUGGAUCUGUCGUUUGCCAACUCGCUGCGGCGCAUCAUGAUUGCGGACAUCCCCACGGUGGCGAUCGACAUGGUCGAGAUCCGCAACAAUACGACCGUGCUGCCGGACGAGUUCCUGGCGCAUCGGCUGGGUCUCAUCCCGUUGCUCAGCAUGGACUGCUCCAAGGCGCUUGUUGACCACAGGGAUUGUGCAUGCGAGGAUGGAUGUGACCGAUGUUCGGUGGAGCUGACACUGCGCGCACGCUGCACGACGCGCGGGAACCUCGAGGUGACUUCGCGCGACUUGAUACGCUCGGACUCGAUCGAAGGUGCACAGAUGUACGACGACGACGCUAUGAACGAGCCUGCCGCACCUAAGCAUCCGGACUUUGGUCGGCCGGUGGGACACGAUGGAUCGAUGGCGCCCAUCAUGCUGGUCAAAAUGUCCAAGGGGCAAGAGCUCGACAUCCGGUGCAUCGCGCGCAAAGGAUUCGCCAAGGAACACGCCAAAUGGUCUCCCUGUUCCGCGGUGGGGUUCGAGUACGAUCCGCACAACGCGCUGCGCCACACCACGUACUGGUACGAAUACGACGCCAAGCAGGAAUGGCCCGAAGGACCCAAUGCCGAGCUGGAGGAGCCGCCGCAAGAAGGUGCGCCGUUCGACUACAACAAGAAGGCCAACCGGUUCUACUUUGACGUGGAGAGCAGCGGCUCCAUGCAUCCCGCCGAGAUCGUCGAAACGGGCCUCGGGCUGCUCGAGUACCGCGUGGCACAGAUCGUGCAGGAACUGAGUAUGAUGGACGAACAACCGGGUGCGGGCGCGGGCGGGAUGGAGAACGGCAUCAUGGACCCGUACGGUGCACCUGCAGCUGGGGCUAACGGUGGGUAUGACAACGGCGCGGCCGAUAUGAAUGGCUACCAGCCGCCCCCCGUCAACCCUUAUGCAGCGAGCGGAUGGGAUUGA